AUGAUUGAAAAAAUGUUUGUUAAUGACGAUUUAGAAAUUGAGCUGACAUCAUAUAUUGAUGAUAAACAAAAUGUUUGGUUCCGAGGAAAGGAUGUGGCUGCUAUUCUCGGUUAUAAUGAUACUGAUCAGGCUAUUAGAAAACAUGUAUCUGAAAAUCACAAAAUAAAACACAUUUUUAGGCAACCCGUCAAAACAACGGGGUGGGCUAUGACCUAUUUUAUUGAUGAAGCUGGUUUUUAUGAACUUGUGUUUAGUUCCAAAUUAGAAGCUGCUAAAAAAUUUCGUGAUUGGGUAUUCACCACAGUCCUCCCAUCAACCCGCAAGUAUGGUCAAUACAAACUAUUUGAUAGUCCCUGGAAUAAGAUGAUCAUGAUUGGCAAUGAGACUGACCUCCAUUAUAAAGUAGUGAACCUCAUAAGGAGAUAUUAUCCAGAUUCUAUAUUAGUAGCCGGUCUGGGAGAGAAUCAAGAUACUGAGGAUAAGAGACUAGAUUCGUAUAAGAAAGGAUAUCAACAAAGGAAAGGAUAA